CUCCAACAUUUGCAUCUUCCAGGGAUCGUCCGUAGAUGCUUGGAUUCCUAGAUUGUACCUACCUACUACCUGCCUAUCGAUCGUGAAGUGCCGGCUGGUUUGCUAUUUGCUGCAGCGCGAGGCCGCUCUCCAUUCUCUCUCCUCUCCCUCUCCAGUCUCCAUCACCAGCUCGGGGUUCUUCAACCUCGCGCGUCUGAAGCGGCAACACGUCCGCAUCUUCUCGACACUCGACUGGCUCCAUUUGAAGCCCACUUACCUGGAUGAGCUUCAACAUCGCCAACGCGAAAUUGCUCCUGCUCCCCCGGACCCGGCACGCUUCGACCUACCGCCCUCGGUACAAGUUCUGCGACCAGCAACUGCUGUUUGUUGAUCGGGUUCGUCCUGUUUUUGCGAAUUGAUCAAUUCGCUGCUCGCGAAACCAAGUGGCUGACAACCGACCUUUGUUGGAACCGCAGUUCCCUGCCGUGCUGUGCUCUCCCGACUGCAGCCGUUGCCGAUCAUCGACGUCUUCCUUUGCCUAUCUUCAGAAGCUGCAAAAUUACCCUUUUCCAUCUCCAACUUCCACCUAUUCAUUCCCUGACGAUCAACGUAAAAGUGGCCGAUUUGUAAUUCGAGAUAUCCAAGACAGAGGGAAGGCAGGGGAAAGGGUGAAGAGCACAUCCGAUCGAACACCGCCAUCGGACCCAAUUCAAGAUGACUGCUCGGCCGACAACACCAAUGUCCCCAAAGACCGCCAAGGUCAAGUCGCCAGUUCCUGGAAUACCGGUCUUUGGAUGCGAGCACAUCCAACGGCUCUUCACACAGUCUCAGGAGGUCACAACUCAGUCUGUCCACCACUACAAGAUGAUCCUGAAGAACAUCUUUGAACAGACACCCAUUGUACCACAGACGUCUAAGAACUCUGACGGUCAGGUCAUGACCUCCCUCACAUCCAACUACCUCUGCCUGCAAUGCUCUACAAUUGUCAACGAGGAGGAUCGUCUAAAACAUGGCACGAAGAAGCAGCAUCGGUUCUAUGUCGAUUCACGCAGCGGUGCUCUUUAUUGCCAGAUCUGCGAUGACCUGGUCUGGGACCCCACAUUGGAAGAGCUUCGUGUCCGCAAGAUGGGAACGGGAACCUUUUCGAGUCGCAAGAGGAAACAUGAUGAGAUGUUUUCUGAUGGUGUCAAGGACAGUACUGCAAGCAACCCGGGCUUCAUCUCCAACAAUACCACCACGGCCUCUUGCAAAGCAAACGGUCUGCGUGGUAUCUACAAUGCUGGAGCAACAUGCUACCAGAACGUGGUCCUACAGAGCUUCCUCCACAAUCCUUUGCUCCGCAACUUCUACCUCAGCGAUGGUCACCAGAGUACCGACUGCUCAUUGACUAACUGCCUCAGCUGCGCCAUGGACGACAUGUUCCAGGACUUUUACGCCGUUGAGAAUACUAAUGGAUUCACAGCCGCGAGUAUUCUCUCUGGAUUCUGGAUAUCUGAAAAGAAGGCGUUCGAGAACCUCGUUACCACCAAGGAACAGGAUGCCCAUGAAUUCUUUCAGUUCCUCGCCGAGGAGCUCCAUGAGCGCAACGGGGACGGCAAGCGGCCCGAGACUGGCAGCGAACAUACGUGCAAUUGCAUCAUCCACCAGACGUUCUACGGCAAGUUACAGAGUUCUACCACCUGUCAGAACUGCGGAGGUGUCACCAACGCGGUGCAGUCGUUUCUGGAUCUCAGUCUUGGACUGGAGAACCUGUCUCACAAGAGGAAGAAGGGUGGUCCCAAGGUGCCCAGUUUGACUCUCCAGGAGUGCCUAGACGAGGAGUAUGUCAAGUCGGACAAGUGCGAGUACCGAUGCCACAACUGCAGCUCGAUGCAGCAGGCGAAGCGGGCCACCAGUAUUAAAAGGCUGCCGAACGUGCUCGCCAUCCAACUGAAGCGCUUCGAGUACAAGCAGGGUCGACAUGACCGCGCGCCCUCAAAGAUCGACACAGUUGUCAACUUUCCUCUGCAGCUCAAUAUGCUGCCAUAUACAACCAGGGGCAGAGGCGCGGACCCCAAGGACGCGUUCGAGCUCGGAAGAUCAUGCACCUACGACCUACUUAGUGUUGUGGUUCACGUUGGCGAGAUCGAUACGGGUCACUACGUCUCGUACUGCCGAGUGGGUGAUCAGUGGUUCAAAUUCAAUGACCACAAAGUCGAGAUGGCGCCCAAGUCGGACGUACUGAGUGCCCAGCCAUACCUACUCUUCUACAUUAUCCGCUCCCUUUCGUAGUAAACCAGCGUCACAAAGGAUAGACACGCCUCUUACGCCGAGCAUGUAACGAUUAAUACCAUUUGGGAAGGGCGUUGGUAAGCGCCAAAAGUAUGUCCAGGGGACAGAACAGGUGUUUGGGAGCAAGGAGUGUCAGGUCUAGCAUCUUGUCGGCGUUGGAAAGAAUCGCUGGUCUUACACCCACUCUCGGGUGGGAGAUUUGGGCAAGCAAAAAAACAAAAACGCCGUGUUGGAUGGCGGUAGGCACGCAUCGCAGGAGGGACAUUAUCAUUUCCAUCGGCGGCGAAGACUAAAGAAAUACAUUGUAUAGAGCAGCGAGGAAAUAGCGUAUGCACGUUUUUAUGUCGGGUUAUGUCGAGUACUGUA